AUGGCAGAUGAGGCGGCAUUCCAUGCGUGGCUGUGCGAUGCUUUGAGCCGGGUGAAGCUUGAAGAUGAGGCCUAUGUCGGUAUACUCAAGGAGGACACCUACCAGCCCGACGAAAAGAAAGACGCCGUGCUCGAAUUUCUUGCCUCCUCUUCCGAGGAAGAUCUGACGGCCUUCGGAGAUGAGCUGAUGGCCCACUGGAACAAGAUCGAAGACGCCAAGAAUGCCGAGCAGGAGGAAAAGAAGAAGCAGGAAACCGAGCAGCUGAAGGCAGUCCAGCUCCAGCAACAGAAGGAGCGCGAGGAAAAGGCCAAGCAACGAGCGGCGGAACAUCAGCUCUCGAAGGAGGAGAGGCUGAAGAGGCGGGAGCUGCUCGAGCGCUACGGCUACCAGAUCGAAACGACCGACGAGCACGGCGACAUCGUCCUCACCGAAAACCUGUGCGAUGUGCAGGACACCGCAGACGUGGAGCAAAACGACAACGUGAGCAAGAUUGUGCAGGAGUCGCAGGCGCAGCGGGAGAAGGCGCGGGAGAAGCACCAGCAAAAGGUCCUCCGCGAAAAGGAGCUCCUGCUCAAGGACCAGGAGAAGAAGGAGAAGCGAAAGCGCAAGACCGAGAAGAGGGAAAAGCGAAGGCUUUGA